CAAUUGUGUUCGCAGCCGCCGCCGCGCCGCCGUCGCUGUCUAACGCCAGUGCCGCCUCUAGCUCGCCGAGCUCCAGCCGAAGGAGAAGGGGGGUAAGUAAGGAGGUCUUUAUACCAUGGCUCGUACAAAGCAGACUGCCCGCAAAUCCACCGGUGGUAAAGCACCCAGGAAGCAACUGGCUACAAAAGCCGCUCGCAAGAGUGCGCCCUCUACUGGAGGGGUGAAGAAACCUCAUCGCUACAGGCCUGGUACUGUGGCACUACGUGAAAUAAGACGUUAUCAGAAGUCCACUGAACUUCUGAUUCGCAAACUUCCUUUCCAGCGUCUGGUGCGAGAAAUUGCUCAGGACUUUAAGACAGAUCUGCGCUUCCAGAGCGCAGCUAUUGGUGCUUUGCAGGAGGCAAGUGAGGCCUAUCUGGUUGGCCUUUUUGAAGACACCAACCUGUGUGCUAUCCAUGCCAAACGUGUAACAAUUAUGCCAAAAGACAUCCAGCUAGCACGCCGCAUACGUGGAGAACGUGCUUAAGAGUCCACUAUGAUGGACCACAUUUCAUU